CAGACGUACUCCAAACUCUCCACAGGAAACUCUGAGCCAUAAUGCGAAGGCACCUCAGAGCAGACGGGUGCAUUGCUCAAACCAAGUGGGAUACGGUGCGGCUUUGAUAGUGCGUUAAUUACUCAUGUGAUGUGAUACAGAUGUCUGGGGGCUUCAGCCGAAAGUUUGCCUGACGGUUUUCAAGGGGGCCAGGCAGACAUUUUAGAAGCGAGAUACAUUGGUACCAUCUUUCAAUCAGUGAAAUCAAAGCGCCAAAUGUCUUCCAUGAUGGGCAACCCAGCUGUUCAUAUGUUGGUGCUAAUGGCCUGUAUGGCAGCCAGAGGAAUGUGCCAGAUAAACAGAGCUGAAGCAGAGGAGGGCUCUCUCCCAGACCCUCUCGUCCACUCCACCCUCCAGUCUCUGGGUUUCCACAGCACCGCCAGUCCCAGCACAGGGCCCGGCCUCCACCUGGGGGAGGCACUAGCUGUGGGAUCUGGAAAUAGCAGUGUUGUAAAGAGGCCGAUAGGACCUCCGGCAUGCCUUGUGCCUACCUCGAUUAGUGGCUAUUUCAAGUACAUCAACACCAUCAUUUCCAUUAUAGUGUUUGUGGUCGGCCUGGUCGGCAACACCACGCUGCUGAGCAUUAUAUACCACAACAAGUGCAUGAGGAACGGGCCAAACGCCCUCAUUGCCAGUCUGGCACUGGGGGACCUCAUCUACAUAAUCACGGAUAUACCCAUCAAUGUAUACAAGCUCCAGGCGUCACGCUGGCCUUUUGCCGACAGUCCUGUUGGCCUGUGUCUGUGCAAGAUGGUGCCCUUCCUGCAGAAAGCCUCUGUGGGCAUCACCGUUCUCAACCUGUGUGCCCUCAGCGUGGACAGGUACAGAGCCGUGGCAUCCUGGAGCAGAGUCCAGGGAGUGGGCAUCCCUCUGCUCACAGUCAUCGAGAUUACGUCUAUUUGGUUGCUGUCGUUCUUCCUGGCCAUACCGGAGGCUAUCGGUUUCGACAUGCACAACUUCAACUACAGGAACCAAACUAUACGCACCUGCAUGCUUAAACCCAUGUCCGACAUUAUGGUGUUCUAUACGGAUGCAAAGGUCUGGUGGUUGUUUGGCUUCUACUUUUGUGUACCACUGACCUGCACCGCUGUGUUCUACACUCUGAUGACCUGCGAGAUGCUCAACCGCAGGAAUGGCAGCCUUCGGAUAGCCCUCAGUGAGCACCUCAAACAGAGGAGGGAGGUGGCCAGAGCCGUUUUCUGCCUCGUCCUUAUCUUUGCCCUCUGCUGGUUCCCACUGCACCUCAGCAGGAUCCUUAAGAAGAUGGUUUACUAUCAGAAUGAUAAGAUGCGCUGUGAGCUGCUCAAUUACCUGUUGGUCCUGGAUCACGUCAGUGCCAACCUUGCAACAAUCAACUCCUGCAUAAACCCCAUUAUCCUCUACUUUGUCAGCAAGAAGUUUAAAAACUGCUUCAAGUCGUGCUUGUGCUGCUGGUGUUAUUCUGACAACCAGCUGAGCAGCAUCGGACCCAUGAAUGGUACCAGUAUCCAGUGUAAAAGCCCCGAGCCCAACAACGUCCACACUGAUCGCAGCAUCAGGAAAGACAGCGACUGAUCUCUCAACUCAUCUCAUCUCUAUUUUCAAGCACUUCCAUAUAUCCAGCAGCUUUUUUUAAAUACAACAAACACACCCUAGAAUAUAUACAUCACAAAGUACUUUUUCUGACAAUAAAUGCAUAUCCUUUGGACCACUGAAGCAACAAAUGAGCCUGCCAAGGAUGGAUUAGGAACUGGAGAUAAAAGGAACUAAUAAUGGAUUUGGCGCACAGUGCUCUGAAGUUGCCCAGAGCCCCUCAGGGGGCUAAACUUCCUACGACAAACUCCUUGUAUUCCCACACCCAUGGACAGUGACGCUGUAGCAUGAGAGAAGAAGAGGGAGAGUGGGAUGAGGAGAAUGAGGACUCUUAACAGGAUGCAGCUGAACGGUGACUAUAAAUUACUCUCAAUCAGUAGCAAACCGUGCUAUUCCUGUAAAGGGCAGCACUACUGGGAAGGAUGCACCAAGCUACAGGAAGGAAAAAGCAGACUGCUCGCUGUCAGAGGGAAUGAUGGGAUACGAGUAUGUGCUGUCCCCAUGAGUUCGCUACUCAUUGAUGGUGGAAAACAGGAAAGCAUGUUACCGACUCAAACAAAAAAUCAUUUUCCAUUAAACAUGCGAGUGGUUUCGCAGUGUAUCUUAUUCACACUCAUUAUUCAUUGAGCUGCUUUGUGGUAUAAUUAGAAGAACGUCUUGAAGUUCAUUUGCUUCCCACUGCUUGACAAAAAAACCUUUUCUGAUUAAUCAUGUAAAGAGGAAAAUGUCUCUUAACAGAAAGAUGAAUCCUUUCAUUGGGGGGAGAAACAAACACUAUUUCUGUUUAGUGUAACAAUGUUCACAGACAUAAAAGAAAAACUGCUUGUUAAUCAAAAUAUGAAAGAUUUCAGCACAGAAUCACGUCUGGUGUCAGAAUAAGCCAAAGUACACUGGCACAAAGUACAGGGUUGUAGGUUUUAAAGUGAAUAAGGUAUAACUCCAUAGCACAUUUCAAGCAAAUUAUGAAUAUGAGGUAAUGCAUUAAGACAGAUCUGAUAUCACCAUAGACCAAAUCGACAGGAAUUAGCUUUUCUCUAAACACUGUGAAUUUUACUAAUAUACUCAAUAAUACUUGUGACUUUUAUCCUUGUAUAACCAAUGGAAUAUAUAUAUGUUUAAUGUCCACUUUUAUAAAGUGUUAUAUUGCAGUAAUAAUAUGUAUUUUACUCAGACAACAUUACCUGUGUAAUGACAUAGGCCAAUGAGUUUUUAAUGGUGGUGGUAAACGUUCCAAAUAUCAAAGGAAUUGCUUGAGAUUUUGGGAAAAUACCCCAAAAAUUAGAUGAGAAGAAUGAUAUCACUAAAUGUAAAUAUCUAGCAAUACAGCCAGAGAAGAUUAGCUUAGCUUAGCAUAAAUAUUGGAGGAAAAGGAAACUCUGCAGUGUUCUCUGAGGGGGACAAAACCCACUUACCACUGCCUUUAAGUGUUCAAUCAACAAUUUGUGUUUUGUUUUUUUCUGGUUAGCUACAGCCAGCAGCUAACUGUAGCUGGAGAAAUCCUGGUAUAUUCAGCAGCUAACCGGCUGCUUACUGUAGUCAACCAGCAAAAAAUCCAAACAAAAUAUAACAUGUUCAUUAUUGAGCUUUAAAGGUGCUGGCAGGCAGCUUUUGUUUCCUUCGGACGGAGCAAAGCUAGCCGUUUGUCUUCUGCUUCCAGUCUUUAUGCUAAGCAGAGCUAACUGGCUGCUUGUUGCUGCUUUAUAUUUAACAAACAGAUAUGUGAGUGGUAUCGAUCUUCCCAUCUUAUGCUAUGCACACACUUCAAACGACAAAAGCAACGGCAAAGGUUGACUAGCUACAUUGAUGAGUCACCGUAGAAGUUUUGCUCAAGCGCUAGUUGACGCAGUUAUGUCGUCAAAUUGCACUGAGAACUGGCUAACGGCCUUCUCUUAGAAGGAACGAAACAGGGUGAAACAAAAACAUUUUAUUGGUUGACGCUUGAACCAAUAAAGUGCUUAUAAAAAAAUACAGGAUUGUAACUAGAGAGGAUAUGAAGAAAAAAAACAAAUUCACAGUAUGUACAACAUUAUGCUUAUUGUUGGAGUGCUGAAAUAAGUUUACACUUUCUCAACUUUGAUUUGAAGCAUGUCACCCCAACGACUGACUGUUUGUAGCUUCUUUUCACCGGCUGCUAUUGAAAAUGACUUGUAGCCUGUUGCUGUCGCUCGUAUAGUGAACGCAGCAUAACUCUCGCCAAGGAAGUGACAAGAGGCAUUUCACAAAACUACAUGUUUUUAUGUUGAAAUCAUAUUCCACUAGCACAAACUUUACUUCCUUAUACUAUUUGAUAUGUGAAUACAUGUAAACCUGUGUGUGUGUUUGUGAGUUAGCAUGAGUGAGUAUGCUGUGUGUACAAUUACUUGUACUUCCUUAGUUGGAGUGUUUUGCACACUUGUGUACAUUAGAACAGGGAAUAUCUGUAGGCUACUUCUUUAUUUUUUACCACUAUCCAUUGGAGCAAUUCAUAAUAAUCUUUAGAAAAUGGAAUUCAUACAAUGUUUGUUGUCAUUGAUGCUGUGCUUAAACCAAUAAAUCAAUUUCCAU